AUGAGCUUCGCCACGGACAAUGCCUUUUUGGUGGACGAUGAUGAAGAAGUAGAAAUUGGGUCUUCAUCCCGCAGCCCCCACUCCCAGGAGGAGAAGGAACAAUCGACUGAAAAGUUGGAGACUGAGGAGGCAGAGGAGGAGGGAGAGGCAGAGGAGGCGGAAGAGGAGGCAGAAGAGGAGGCAGAAGAGGAGGCGGAAGAGGAGGCAGAAGAGGAGGCAGAAGAGGAGGCAGAAGAGGAGGCAGAAGAGGAGGCGGAGGAGGCCACGCGCAACGCCGACAAUGCUGUAAACACACCUGCGCCAGGUGCGAGGCCGGAGACUCAACCACGGCCAAGCGCUGCAAACCCUUUCACCUCGGUGUUUGGCGGCCCGCAGACUAACAAUGUUGCGGGAGCUCCUGCUCAGAGCCUUCACGUAUUGGUUUCAUCGCCACCCGCAGUAUUGUCGCCGGCGGAGGGCACAGCAGGCGACGGGAGGCCGGAGCUGGUUGUUCCACCUACGGGGCAUGCGCGGGCAAGGCAGGUGCGGAUGUCUCCCCGGUUUCUUGAUUUUCCAGCAAGAACGGCGGCUGGGCACGAGAAGCGUCAGCGAUGCCUUUCGGCCAGUGAGGAAACGGCGGCGGCGAGGGCGGUCCUGGCGAAGUUUGAGCUCUCCCUGCCAACAACUCGCUUUGAUGAGCAGUUGGAAAUCAUCUUGUCCAAGUUGCGUUGA